UUUCGCCCUAAGUCUCUCUCUAUAACUAAACAGCAAACAGAGAAGAUUUCAGAGGAAGAGAAAGAAAGAGAGACCUUCAUAAGGACGCAGAGUCCCGAACCCAGAAGACCCAAUCUUCCGGAAACACCCCCAAAAUUCUCACCAGCUGAAGGGGGAUUCAGCAUGCUUCCCCAAAUUGAUUUCUAGGGUUUCUGUUCCUUUCUCGAAUUUCUUUUUGUUCAUCGUCCAUGGAGAAAACCGAUCGACUCAGAGAUGUCCGGGUGAGUCCCUUAGGCCUCUGUUCUGCUUCAAUACAGCUUCUCUUUUAUAAAUCCAGCUGAAUCGGGCACCUAAUUGGAAGAACAAAGCGAUUAAUCGAUACCCAUUUGCCCAAAGCUUCAGAUUUUUGUGCAUAUAAUCGCAGAUAUAUACAUAGGCACGGUUUUUGUAGAGUUUUGUAUAGGAUUUUCGUGUGCUUCUUGCCAUGCGACUCUCGUCGAAGCAAAGUACGGUGUCGAAUCGGUCCGGACCUCGGCUUAGGAAGAAGCACAAGAGGCUUGAUGCUAUAUGUGAGCAGGAGUAUAAGAGGAACCAUAAUGGUGGGGUGGGACCCGGGCCGGGGAGAUCGGGGAGUGCUGAGGUGGAGCUGCGUCGGAGCGGGAGGGCUCGCCGUGCCCCGAUUUUGCUUGAUGUCUCGCCUUCACCGCCGAAGAAGCGGCAGAAGGUUGAUAAGAAUGUAGUGGUGGGUGCUGGGAUGAGUGUGAAGGAGGAGGAUUUGGAAACGCCGGGAAGUUGGAGAUCGAGAUUGAGAUCAAGGGGUAGAAAUGUGGGUUUUGGGGUAAAAGGGAAACGGAAGCUUUAUGAAGAGGUGAGUGAAUGCCGAAGGGAAGAGCAGAUGAUGGGGACUCGAUCGAAUGAUAAGAAUGGGGAAUUUGAAAGUGGGAGGCAUAGAGUUGUCAAAUCAAAGGGACCAGGGAGGAUUAGAGCAACAAAUAGUUCAGACCAUGAACAGAGAGAGGAGUUGCCCGCGAAUAAAGAUGAACUUGUGGAGGAGGAAGCUAGAGGUGAUAAUAGGAAGCGUGCAUUGUUAAUGAGCAUUGUGGCAACAAUGGACAAUGCAGAGGUGAUGGAACAUGCUGAUGACCUUGUUGCAACUGUGGACAAUGUGGAUACGAUGGAACAUGCUAAUGAGCUUGUGGCAACUAUGGACAAUGUGGAGACGAUGGAACAUGCUGAUGAGCAUGUGGAAGCUAUGGACAAUGUGGAGCCAACGGAACAUGCUGAUGAACAGGUGGAGCAAUCUGAGUGCGUGAUUCAAGAAGCAAGUAAUGGUAAGCAUGUGAAACAAUUAGAGUGUGUGAAGGAAGGAGAAAAUCAAGGGGAUGCUAGGGUGUCAGAAGCUGUUGGAGUUUCAAGAAAUGAAGUGGAAGUAGCAGGGUGUCAUGAAGGGAAGGAUUCUGAUUCGUCCAAGCCUGAUGAAGAGCUUGCAAUAGAUAUGAAUAAUGCGAAGGUGGAUAAGUUUAAGCAUAGGAAAAGUGAUACACUUGGCAAGCUACACAUUAAGGAGGGCAGAACGUGUGGUUUGUGUGGGGGAGGGACUGAUGGUAAACCUCCAAAAAGAUUAGUUCUUGAUACGGGUGAGAGCGAGAAUGAGGCAUACUGUGGCUCUUCAGCCUCUGAGGAACUUAACUAUAACCUAUGGGAUGGUUUUGGUGAUGAACCUGGUUGGCUUGGACGUCUGUUGGGUCCUGUAAAUGAUCGUUAUGGUAUUGCCGGAAUAUGGGUCCAUCAAAACUGUGCUGUGUGGAGUCCAGAGGUUUAUUUUGCUGGUUUAGGAUGCUUAAAAAAUGUGAGGGCUGCACUAUGCAGAGGGAGAGCAUUAAAAUGCACCCGCUGUGGAAGGGCAGGAGCUACAAUUGGGUGCCGCGUUGAUCGGUGUCCAAGAACUUACCACUUGCCUUGUGCACGAGCUUAUGGUUGUGUAUUUGAUCACCGCAAAUUUCUUAUUGCCUGUACUGAUCAUCGGAAUCUCUUCCAACCUCUUGGUGAUCAAUAUUUAGCCCGUAUAAAGAAAUUAAAGGCUAAGAAGAUGAAGAUGGAAACGAGAAAACUUUCAAAUGAUGCUUUGCGGAAGGAUAUUGAGGCAGAAGAAAAAUGGUUAGAGAAUUGUGGUGAGGAUGAAGAGUUUUUGAAACGUGAAAGUAAGAGGCUUCAUCGGGAUUUGGUGAGAAUUGCACCCGUUUACAUUGGAGGCUCUGACUCAGAGAGUGGAAAACUAUUUCAGGGUUGGGAAUCUGUUGCAGGCCUUCAAGAUGUCAUUGGGUGCAUGAAGGAAGUUGUCAUGUUGCCUCUUUUAUAUCCAGAGUUCUUUGAUAGUCUUGGUCUCACACCUCCUAGAGGUGUUCUUUUGCAUGGGUAUCCUGGAACAGGUAAAACUCUUGUUGUCCGGGCAUUAAUAGGUGCUUGUGCACGUGGUGAUAAACGGAUAGCAUAUUUUGCUCGCAAAGGUGCAGAUUGUCUAGGGAAAUAUGUAGGUGAUUCAGAGCGCCAGCUAAGACUCUUGUUUCAGGUUGCUGAGAAAUGUCAACCUUCUGUAAUAUUCUUUGAUGAGAUAGAUGGGUUGGCACCUUCUCGAACAAGGCAGCAAGAUCAGACACAUAGUUCAGUUGUGUCAACACUACUUGCUUUAAUGGAUGGUUUGAAAUCUCGAGGUUCAGUUGUAGUUAUAGGCGCUACAAAUCGUCCUGAUGCUGUUGAUCCAGCAUUGAGGCGGCCUGGACGAUUUGAUAGGGAAAUCUAUUUUCCGCUGCCAUCAGUGGAGGACCGAGCUGCCAUUCUUUCACUUCACACUCAAAAGUGGCCAAAACCAGUUGCUGGAUCCAUCCUCAAGUUGGUUGCAAGCAGAACUGCUGGAUUUGCUGGUGCAGAUCUGCAGGCACUAUGUACUCAAGCGGCUAUCAUUUCUUUGAAGAGAAAUUUCCCUUUGCAAGAAGUUUUGUCUACCGCUGGAAAGAAUGCUUCUGACCACAAGCGCCUCUCUCUUCCUGCCUUUGCAGUGGAGGACAGGGACUGGUUGGCAGCUCUCUCAUGUUCUCCGCCUCCCUGCUCUCGUAGAGAAGCAGGAGUAGCUGCUAAUGAUGUAGUAUGCUCUCCUCUUCCUACCCAUCUUAUCCCAUGUCUGCUACAACCAUUAUCUACUAUGCUUGUUUCCCUUUAUCUUGAUGAACGCCUCUGGUUGCCGGCUCCUCUCAGAAAAUCUGCAAGAAUGAUUGAAAGUGUGAUGGUUUCUGCUUUGAAUAAGAAGAAGAUGCCCAGUGAUCGUUGGUGGUCCCAUAUACCAGUCUUACUUCAGGAAGCAGAUGUUGCAAAGGACAUAGAGAGAAAGCUUUUGCGCACUGGCAUUUUACUGGGAUAUGAUACUUGUGGUGAUUCUGAUGCUUUUAAUGACGAUCAUGAUGAUGACCACAGUUUGAAGUUUCAGCCUUCUGUUAAACACCAUGGUGGCACACGCCUGAGUUUGUUGCGGAAUAUAUCCGUUGCCUCAACAAACAAAUCAGGAUUCCGGAUAUUGAUUGCUGGAAAUCCCAGAGCUGGGCAAAGGCAUCUUGCUUCUUGCCUUCUUCAUUUUUUUGUUGGAAAUGUACAAGUUCAGAAGGUUGAUUUGGCUACAGUUUUACAAGAAGGGCAUGGAGAUAUGGUGCAAGGCAUAACGCAAAUAUUAAUGAAAUGUGCUAGUGUUGGGUCAUCUAUAGUUUUCAUGCCACGAAUUGAUUUGUGGGCUGUGGAGACACUUCUUCCAAUGACAGAGGAAAGUGAUUCCGACUUAUCAGACCAUCUACUUACUGAAAAUGAAAAAUCGUAUCCUGUACAUGGUCAAGCUGUUGAAGAGGGGAGUGGGCCCAAUUCACAGCAAUGCAAAUCAAUAGAAAUGGGAGAGUGCACAGGUGUUUCUCAGAGCGCUUCACAUGCCUGGAACUUAUUUGUUGAGCAGGUGGAGUCUAUUUGCGUCUCCUCAUCCUUGAUGAUUCUGGCUACAUCGGAAGUUCCAUAUUCAGUACUUCCAGUAAGAAUAAGACAGUUCUUCAAGAGUGACAUAUCAGAUUGCAAUCAGUCAAUUCCUAUGAAGAAUACAGUUCCGCGAUUUUCUGUGCAGAUCGAUGAAGAUUUCAACCAUGAUUUGGUGAUCGAUCUAUCCACAGAAGAGUUAUUAAGGGAUAUAGUUCAACAGGUUGUUCUGUUAAUUCAUCAAAAGUCCCACAUCCAUACAACUUCAUACCAGGAGUAUGGAACUUGUGAUCCUCGGGAGCAUCAAUCAGAGAUGGUUAAUCACAGUACAGUUCAUGGAUCAGCUGAUGUCAACAACAGUGUAACACAGGGUCCUGAUGAAUCUCUUCUUAAAGUUCAUCUACCGCCUGACAAUAGAAGUGUGAAGGGGAAGUCAAACUUGCUUCUUGCAAUAUCUUCAUUUGGCUAUCAAAUUCUGCAAUAUCCUCAUUUUGCUGAGCUUUGUUGGUUUACUUCAAAACUCAAAGAAGGUCCCUCUGCAGACAUAAGUGGACCUUGGAAGGGCUGGCCAUUCAAUCCUUGUAUAAUUCGACCUAAUAACUCAAUUGAAAAGGUAGCUGUUGCUUGUAGCUCCAGCAAUACUAAAAGCAAAGAAAAAUUUGGUCUAGUUAGAGGCCUUAUUGCUGUUGGUUUAUCGGCAUAUAGAGGUGUCUAUACGUCACUCAGGGAAGUCUCCUUCGAGAUACGGAAGGUUCUUGAGCUUCUAGUUGCCGAGGUCAAUUCAAAGAUUCAGGCUGGGAAAGAUAGAUAUCAAUAUGUUCGCCUUUUGUCACAAGUGGCCUAUCUGGAAGACGUGGUUAAUAGCUGGGCAUACACGCUCCAUAGUUUAGAGUUGGAUGCUCCAAUGAAAAUGGAAAAUGCUAAGCUAACUGAUGUGAGACCUCCAAAAGGUGACGAUGUGAGACCUCCAGAUGAUCACCAUGUGGAUGGACAAGUUCAAACUGAGGAACCCACGCCAAAUAAUACUAGCAAAUGCCCGACAAGCUUGAAGAGCCGGAAAGUGUCCCUCAAGGGUUUGAUACUGAAAAAGUCGGUUGUGUUCUUAAACAAAGAUGGUGAGUUGGGUCAUCCUGAUUCUGAGGGUAGACUUGCAAUUUCAGAUUUGUCUGGACAGAAAAUCGUCGUAAUGGAUUCUACCCUGGAUAAAUCUCUUCUUGGUUCCAAUGAAAGUUUGAAUGAUCAGAAUGGGACAAGCCCUAAGCCGCAUGAAUCAGAAAAUGACAGAAACCAUGUCGAAGUGAGUGGAGAUUCUGGAUCCUUGAAACAUUCAAAUGGAUUUGACCGCACUGAAUCUGUUGUCAUUUCUGAGGAUGGUUCUACUUCCGGUGAAUUUGGCAGCAUUAAGCUCUCAAGCUCUAGGGCCAUCUGCAACGAGGUUAACGGUUUGUCCUCAAUGGAGGCUGGUAUUAUACUUGAUAAUGGUAAGUGUGAUGCCAAUGAGCAUAUUGUAGGCGUUGACACCUUGAACAAAACAUUUCUCCCUACCAAGUCUGGGGUUCUAUGCUAUUAUCGUUGUUGCCCUACAUGCCUAGAUACCCUCCACAGUUUGACACAUAAAAUUCUUAUUCACAAAUGGGGAUCAAAUAAGAGCCAAUGCACUAUAGAGGAUGCUCAUGAUAUCGUUGCAUCAGCGUCUGUUGAUCUUCUUUCAGCCAUUAGAAGAAUUGUCGGUUCUGGAGGAUUCAGCAACUCAGCGGAUAACAAAAUGAGAGACAGAAAUAGUGAGAAGUUCAAAUGGCCGGAAGCAGUUACAUGUCACUGCAAAAAUUCAGGAACUAAGAGUCUUUUGCCAGUGGAAUGUAAAUGCCACACCAUCAUUGAGGACACAGCAACGAAGGCAAAUGCUUCCCCGACUACUCGUCGCAGGUUUGAUCCAAAAUUUAUUUUCAGAGAUGGUGUACUGAUUCAUAUGGAUCCUGAGAAGGAUGUUUCUUUCCACUGUAAAUUCGAGACCCUGUGCCUCUGUUCUCUUAUAGAGUUGAUACUAAUGGCCGAGCAGCCUUUUCAUUGAUUUGAUCGUUUCACAGCUUGGGUUUGCUUGCUAUACCCCUGGCAAAGUUUUGUGCCGUCGCGGAAUUUAGACGUGCAAAUUUUCUCGAGUCUUUGAAAAUGAAAUUAGUAGUUAUCGACUUGGUGGUCUGAACUAUUUUCUGCAAAGUAUACUUGUGGAGUUUUCGCUCUUCCUGAGGAGCCAGUCGCCAUAUGUAGUUAGCAGAUUUGGACACUAUUGUUUCAUUCGUUUUUACAUACGCAAGUAGUUCAGUUGGACUUGUGCA